UUUCGGUAGUGUAAUCUUAUUGAGAUAUUAGUACAAGCAUUAUAAUGUUUCAUUUCGCUGUCUUAAUUUUGUGCUUUCAGGCUUGCCUGAUUCAGACUGCCUUGAGCCAAUCGUGCGGAUGCAACUCGUACGGCGGCACCGGCACCGGACAAGUGGGCGUGUCCGGCGACAUCGACGCGUGCGGCACCACCUGCGUCGUCGGCUCCGUGCCCGUGCUCGGCUCCGUGGACUUCGGUGGAUGCGUGUCCGCGUCCGGCUCCGUGUCCAUCACCGGACAAUGCGGUUGCGACUGCCAGUUUGAGCAGACAUUACCUUCUCCGUCCACGUAUAUCCCGUCAGGCAGCGGCAUAGGCGCAGUCGCAGCAGUACAGCAGUCUGCACCCACUACGCGUAUUAUCAGCCAGAGUUCCAGCAUCAGUAAGACUUCACCCAGUGCACCUUGUGGCUGCCAAAAUGCCAGGCUCAGCCAGAGCGCACCAAUCGGACAAAGCUUAUUAAGCGCGCCUAGCGCAAGCAUCAGCCAAAAUACACCAGACUUUACUCUGAGUAACCCCAGCUUGCUGACUGCCAAAAAGCCAAGAGCCAGCCUGAGUAAGCCUAGUAUAAGCUUGAACAGUGGGCCUGGAUCGUACGGCGGUACCGGAACCGGACAGACGGGCGUGUCCGGCGAGAUCGACGCGUGCGGCACUACCUGUGUGGAAGGCGCUGUGCCCGUGCGCGGUUCCGUGGGAUUCAGCGGAUGUUCACCGACUUGUGGUACUGUCACUAUUAACGCACAAUGCGGGUGUGAGUGUGAUUGA